UGCCGCCAUGUGGAAGCUCAACAAGAGCAGCAAAGUUCUGCUGGACGACUCGCCCGAGGAGGAGGAGACGCAUCCCCGCGGGCCGCCGCCCGCCGCCGCCGCCGCCUUCGCGGCCCCCCAGAAUAAAGGCCAGUUUCUUCAUGAUGAAGUGUCAUCUUCAGUGUCACAUCUUGCAAUAAAGGUUCAAGGUGCAAGUUUCCGGGGUUGGAAGGAAGUGACGUCUAUGUUCAAUAAAGAUGAUGAACAGCAAUUGCUAGCAGGAUGCAAGUCUCCAAAAUCCAAAGGAACAAAUCUAAAGUUAAAGGAAGAGAUGAAGUCUGAAAAGAAGCCAGGUUUUUGGGACAGUUUGGUGAUAAAGCAGAAUGUUCCACCUAGGAAACCAGAUGAGAUUGAGGGAUGGGAACCACCACAGAUUAGCACUGCUGACUCUACCAGCAAUGCAGCAACUCCUUUAAGUGACUAUGCAGCCUGGUCAGGCUGGGAAGAUGAAACCAAAGGCUCCACAAAAUACACAAACCUGGCCAGCUCAGGAAACAGUUCCCGGUGGAGUAUCAAAUCAGCGGGAAAGCUGGUUAGUAUUAGACGUCAAAGCAAAGGUAACCUUACUGACAACUGGGAAGAGCUGGAAUGAUACUGGUAACGUGAAAUACUUUAUAGAUAAGAAGAGAAAGAUUCCAUGAUUUACUCAUAUGUUUAAACCAAAAUCAAAUCUGCUCGAUCUUGCACCUUUAUACAGUACUUUGUUUUAUUCAGAUUGUUACAAAUUUUUGCUCACCUGAUAGUAAAUUUUCUUAUUACAUUGUUAAAUAGCUAUGUUUUCCACUCUGAAAAAAAAGUAGAGAAUCUAUUUUGUGCCUAUAUUUCACAUUCAGACUUUGCAGUAUGUUGGAUUGUUGGUUUUACCAAAAAAAAAGUAAUUCCUUAGUGAAUGUAUACACUGGUUGUAAAUUUGACUGCCUUAUGUAGGAAGUUCCACUAGCUCGAGUCCUGUUUCUUUUCUGAUGUUUGAGGGUCACUCAAAAUUUUAGUUUUGAUGCUGUCCCUUUUUAACCAAGAAUACUGACCUGUUGCUUGCAGGGAGAAUGCUUGUACUUAGUAGACUGUUUUCCCAAAUCUUCAGCCUCAGCAUAUGCUUCAGCUUGUGCACACAAGAUGCUUACUGUCACAAUGUACUAUACUGUGUAUGAAGUGGGAAAAUACUAUUCUAAUGUAGUUCCUUCCAUUAGAAUAUUGUCACCAAUAGUCAGGUCAAAUGGGUCUUCCAGAAUUCGGGGGGGGAUUUUGGUGGGUUUUUUUCCUGUUUGUUUGAGGGGGGAGUGAGCAUUUGGGUUUUUUUUCUGGUUUGUUUG